AUGGAUGCCUUCUCCAUCAGCAUUGGUGCACUCAUUGGGACAAGCCCCAUUAUGGCAUACAUCGAGAGCGCCACUGGUAUCAGUGGACCCAGAGUGACUCUGGAUCGAAGGCAAACAAAGAUGCGAUUCUGGUGGUUGCCUUUGGCCUACAUACGUGACCACCUGAAGAGGUUCUUCAUCCACAUCCCUCUCAUUCCCUACGCCUUCGACUGCCAGGCUUUAGCCACCUCUGAGGAAGAUGAGCCUCGCAUCCGACAAGCACUGGAAUCCUACCAUCGACAACGGCUUUUCAGCAAUGAGAAGAUCUCGGCGCUAUUGCUCAAGGAGCAUGGCCCUGCCAUUGCGAGUUCGGCCGUCAAACGGCGACACAAAGCGCUUGGUUUUCAUAGUCCCCGAGUCACUAUGCGUACCAUGCCAUAUCAAGAAAUGGUCCAGCUCGUUGUUGACGAGCUUGACCGUGAUCAUGCCAGGUCAAGGGGUGUCCAGAACAUCCAAGCGAAGAUCACCUUCAACUGUGGUGUUACCCUCUCCCGGGACUUUGUCUCUGACAUCAUGCACACUCACGAUGAAGAGGGUUUCAGAAUGCGCGAUCCAACUUCAAAACACAUCCUUCGAGUUGUCAAAUGCAACAUAGGCAUCCACAAGUGCUGGUCAGGAGAUGGACAUGACAAGCUGUACUCCAUUGGGUUCCCUAUUUGGGCAGUCGUAGACGAAGCUACUUCAAAAUGGUUGGGUGCCUGGGUUGUCCCCAGUAACAGACUGGGAGACAUUGUUGGUUAUCUCUGCUUGUGUCUCAUCGAGAAGUUUGGAGGUUUGGUUAAUGUCAGGCAUGCCACUCCAGUUUGCAAUGGAUUGUCAACUCUCUUCCCAGAAUACGAUGGAGAAAUACUCCCCGCCCAUUCCUAUGUACACAGUGUGCACAACAUCGCCAUUGAGUGGUCCUGGCUCCGUCUUUGUCUCGACUGGGGCAUGGAAAGUAUAACCCCGACAAUGGGGAGCAGUAAUAACAAAAAGGCUGGCCCAUCCGGAUGUUCUCGGAACGAGGCGUUUAGCCUCCACGAAAAAUAUGGCUUGACUGAUUGCCUCCUUCGGAUCCCUGAUAUGUCUAUUAUCCACAAGCUCAAGGAGGAAAUGGGUGGUGAUCAACUCCUUGAGUUUGUUUCGCCAAAUUUCGCUGUGAGAUGUGAUGCAGCCUAUGAAUCCCUUGCCAUCUCUGAGUUAUCAUUUGAGAAUGUGUGGGAGUUACACUUGGCAAAUAGCUGUGUACCUUCCAUUAUUGAGUACGUGAUAGGAUACACCGCAAUGUUUUGUGUGUGGUAUUAUCUCUACCAGCCUGCAAAAGCCAUUGUGCAACAGAUGUAUAAGGCAUUAUCAACACAUACCACUAUCAGCCUCAACAUCAGUCUCAACAAGCUCGGCACAUCAGCCCGUCACUUCAGCCCGUUACCAAGGGGUGCUAAAAAUAGAAAUUUCAUCUACCCUUAUGAGAAAACCACUGCCCAUCGCAUUGAGCCUGGGACUUCAGAUGGUUUAAGUUCAGCCGCUCUGGCGACAUCCAUUCUCCACCUUGCAUCGUCCUACCAUUCCCAGGCAUCGGAGCCCAGACUGAACAACAGUAUUCGUACAGUUGGGGGUGUAGCCCAGCCUCGGGGACUAAACAAAUUCAAGAACCUUGGCAAGGCCAAUCAAGCUGUCGAGCUGCGGAAGGCGAAGCAAGAAGAGGUGAAACUCCUAGACAAUGGAAUUCGAAUUUCAGCAGUGCUUUGGAUGGUGGAAGGUUCAUCCAAUCAACUUACCGAGAUCAAGACAAUACGGGUUGUCCAUGUCUUUGAACCCACUACUUCGACCUGUGAGGCAUUUGACCAGUUGCUUGGGGAAAUUAAGAUCAGUGAAGACGACGAUGAUGACCUUGACCCUGUUUUUGUUGGUUCCAAAAGAAAAUACUCAAGCCGUCAGCCUGCAAAUUCCUUGAAGCGGCAUUCAGUUGUGCAGCUGCCAUCCUGUGGUCGCCUCCAACAAUCUUCUAGUGUCGCCGCUGGCCCCCAGUCAUCUUCCAUUCAGUGGCAAUCUAACAUUCUUAAGAGCGCAUACAGGCCGGCUAACAAACCUAUCACGACCUGGACUCGUAACCUUGCCUUGGACAUAUGUAACUUCCAGUGGAUAACAGCACACUUCGACCUCGACGGUACCAGUCAGGUCACCACCAAGGAAUUCACGAAGUGGGAAGUUAUUGAGGUUUCCCCUCCAUCACAAUCUGAAAGCGUUGGCCAAGCAGGGUUCAUUGGGGUAGGGUCCACCAAGUGCAGUAUAUAUGCCUGA